AGACUUUACUGAACACAAUUGUUCAAGGCAUCGAACUUAUAUGGAAAGUUACAGUGAAGAGAAUAUAAGGCGUCGAGAAAUAGCAUUAGAUAAGCAGGAGAAUGUCUCUAUUUCUACCUCCUCUGCAGAAGCAGGUGUUCCAGGUACUCAACGUGUUCGUAGGUCAUCAAGAACUGAUUUAAAAUUUGAUAACGAUCUGAAAUGUUUAUUCUGUGGUAAACAAACAAGAAAUAAAAACAAAACACUUUUUUUGUGCUCCGAAAUUUCGGCGGCAGAAGAAAUUUUAAAUACUGCCCGUAAAAAAUAAGAUGAUGUUUUCACAAAAAUUGUCACUUGCGAACAUCCAGCCGAUUUAUUUGCAAUGAAAGUGAAGUAUCAUAAACACUGUUAUCGUGAUUAUCUACGACUACCAAGAAAUUCAGCAACUCCAGCAGGUAGACCUCCAAAUAAAAUACCUCAUUAUGUACUUAUAGAGGCAUUUGAGAAGCUGAUUGAUAAAAUAAAAUAUCAAUUAACAUCUCACUCUUUUGAAGUAUCAUUAUUAGCUAAGCGACUAGCUCAACUAACUGAAAUAGAAGAUGCAGUUUUGGAAAAUCGCGUUAUGAAAUCACUACUCAUUGAUAAGUAUGGAGGAAACGUUUUAUUUUUAUAUUCAAGCGACCGAUCAAAAUCAUCAUUUGUAUUUAUGGGCAACAUACCACUGGACGAAGUCAUUGAACAUAUUCGUACCAUAAAUUCAACAAACUACAUUGUUCAAGUAGCAAAACAACUUCGCAAAGAAAUAUUAAGAACUGAAGUAAUACCAGAUGGACUGCAAUAUAGUCAAACAGAAAAUAAUUUCUGCCGACCAUCUACAAACUCAUUACCAGGAUGGACUCCAUUUCAACAAAUACUAUCGUCUGAAACCUCAGCUGUUUCUACUGUUGGAUUUAGUCCGAUCAUACCUCAGCCACCGACUUCCAAAGACGUUGUGUAUACCGCUAUGAAAAAUUAUGUUAACGUAACUAUUUCUCUAUACGUUGAUAUCAAUCAAACGGCGCUGGGUAAAAUUGUAAGCAGAGCCAUAAGCAGUCGUAGGAGUUGGAGAGAAGGAACACUUGGAAAUCGCUCUCGAGAUCCUUUGAUGUUCGAUGCUCGAGACAACCUGACAACGUCAAGCACUAUUACAGAACAACGACAAGAGAUUUGUUAUACGAAUCUCGACAAUAGUCAUCGUCUAAGUUUGUAUCGUCAGCUGCAAGACUUCCUGGACAACAUCAUUAAAUCAGGCAUAGCCGAAUAA